AAGAUUAGCUAGCAUAACAUUAAAAGGUCAGUUCAAGUGCCCAAAAAUGUCUUAUAGUCAGCUGGGUAUGAAGUCUGGUUUUGUCCGGGCUAAUAUUUGUAACGGCAUUGGUCGCUACAUAGGUCAGCUGCAGCGGGUUACCAUAAAAUUCUGCAAGAAUCACGGCUCCAGUCGGGGCGUACGUGAUUUUAUAGAACAUGAUGUAAUCAACUAUGCCAAAGAAAAUCCAGGAGUUGCAGUUUAUGUUAAGCCGAGAAGACACAGAGCUCCUAUUAUCAAAGCUGAAUAUCUUGGUGGAGAUGUUCACUGGAUCCCUUGCCAAGGAUUUUCACAUGAAAAUAUAAUCAAAUACAUGGAACUUGUGAAGACUCAAUCGAAAAAUGGUUCUGACAUAAGAUUGCGCAAGUUUUGGCAUACAGAGUUUCCAUCUAUCCAAGGACCAUGGACACCAUUUACCUUCAGGAAUCCAAAAUUGAAUAUUACUGAAAUCUCGUCUGAUGAAUUUAGAACGUGUAACAAAACAGGCGAAACAGCUUCGGAAGAAAUUGUUAAAUUGUUUAUAGAACAGCAGCUCAAUGAUAAAACAGCAAAAAAACUACCCAAACAAACAGCUCAAAAUUAAACUGUUUCCCUUUGUUUUAAAUGUAUUUUUUUGGACUCUUAAUAAAAUAUACAUUAAAACUAACAGUCUCUUUAUUUUAUAUUUGCCAGUUAGUACAA